CGUUUCAACCCAGAAGACGGCAGCAGCCAGCGAUGAGCGAGGGCGCAAGGAAAAGGGUACGCAACUGGUAAAGACGUAGUUACCAGUAGUUGCCUUACAGACGAGGAAAUAUUCGUUCAUCUGAGAUUUCACGACAAUCAAGAGGAAAAGAAAAAGAAAGUCCAUCUGUUUGUAAAUUAACAGCUCUAUAGCUAUACUUGCGGAAAAAUACCAUCCCGGAGUCAUGGCAGACACUCAACUUACAGAGAAGGUCGUGUUUUGCAUCCGCUGUGGCACAGAGCUGCUGGGGACCAGCUCCAACUUCUGCCACCACUGUGGCGCCCCCUCACUGCAGGAUACAGGUGGCCGCCAGAGGGCGAUAGAGAGGGCAAUCACGCACCUUGUUCGUCUGUCCCUCUGUCAGAUAGGGACAGGGACAGUCAGUGUCAUCGUGGGCAUUGUCAUGUUAAACUUUGCUCUUCCCACUGGAGGGUGGCCCCUGGUCUCUGGAUCUCCCAUAUGGUCUGGUAUUGUGGUGGCAGCAGCUGGUGCAUGCGGCUUUGCCACAAAAUACAAUACCUAUAAAAGUGUCCACAACAGGAAACUAAGAUCUCUGGUACUGGCCCAUUUUGGCCUGAGCAACUUAGGAAUCACAAUGUGUGCCUUCAACAUAGCCUUCACAGGUUGGAGCCUGGGGGUAUGCCAGGGGUGGAAAGAAGACCAAUGCUUCCCCAACUUCAACCAGAACCUUGUUAUGGAGGGGGUUAACCUUGUGGUUGGUCUGAUGGCGGCCAUAUUCUCUAUCAUCGGCACCAGUUAUAUUUGCUGCUUUGGGCGCAGGUUCGACGUGAUGGUAAGACCCGGGUACUCGCGAGGGGUGUAUUAUGGGAGCCCCUCCCAUCAACUCCAGGUCUGAUUGGCCGGCUCUGUUCUGAGAGCCCUAUUCUAGCUGAAAGCCAUUUUCUGAUUGGUGCAGAUGAUUUGUUAACUCUGUUAUGACUGGACUAUGAGAAGGCAAUUGGCAGACUUUUCCUCCUAAACUUCAGCAUGAUGAUGAUGAAUAAAAUAGAAAGAUCUCAACUACACAAGCUGUGAAAUAAUAUUUAUUUACUCAAAGCUUGUGGAUGUCAUUGCAUGGACUCUCAUAGACAAAUAAUAAUAAUUUGUCUGAUUUACUACGUAGGCUAGCACUUUUCCAAUUGACACUUUUUCAGAGGUCGACCUCUGUAUUACAUUGUAUCAUUUAGUGUACAGUUAGUGUACAGUUUAAGUUGUUUGGGUAGUGUCUCACUUAUAACAAUAAGCUAUUUAGGAAAUUAAUGUUGAUAAAAAGACAAAAUGUAUAAAUAAAUGUAAAAUUAAACCUUUGUAGACAAUGCAGUGUUA